CGAGUUAUCACAGCAAAUGAAUCAAAUACAUGUGUUGGAGUAAACAGCACAGAUCUUCAAGUCUUCCUCAACAGUGGAAAGAUGAGCAAACGCUUCUGUAACUUUUCUGUGGAAGAGUUUGCUUGUGCCUCUCUUUCAGCCUUAACAGCACAGGACCUGGUAGAGAUUAUGACGUGUGAUCUGUCAUCAAACUCAAGUGGGUCCAUAUCGGCCUGGAAUCUUCUCUUCUGUAAAACUUCCAGGAUCCUGAAUGCAGCUCUGAAUCUUCUGACCACUGCAACAAUCAACCCCAACAAUCCUGCAGUGUCAGUGAUUUUGGACAGCAUACAAGCAAUCAGUCCAGAUCUUUUCAGCACAAACACACUGAAUAAUCUCACUGAGCUGCAGCUGUGGUUUAACGUUCGCCUUCGCCCGUUCUUGCCUGCUGUUUCCACCAACUUUCUCUCAAUUCUUGCAACAAAGGAUUUGCAGUGCAGCUCCUACCAAUAUAUCUUGCAAAUAUUGAGUGAAGUACAACCUCAGAUGACUCUUUCUAAGCAAGAAUCUGUGUACACACAAUUCAUCAAGAUCUACCUGAGCAGAAAGGAUACUGCAGCAACAUCAUCAAAGUGCUACGACAGCAACAACCCAGAGCUGAACUCCACAGCCUGGUUUGCAGAGUACAUCGGCUCUUUCAUCACUUUUCUCACUGUGGUGGAUCUUCAGUCAUUUGGAUCUCAACAGGACCUGCAGCUGUUCACAGUGAAUCCUCAGAAUCUUCUCCUUCUUAAUCAGUAUAAGGUGGAUGUGACAAUAGUCAUCUACUACAUUCAGUUAGUUUAUCAGCAAGAUAUCCACUUCAGUCCACUUGGCCUUCCUUCAUUGGGUCAGUGCUUUGCUCCUGGCCGGGUGUUCACUCAGUUGACUUCACAAGAAAGUUUGACGGUUUUGGGAAAUGUCAACAGCGUUUGUACAGACAUAGAUCCACAGAAACAAGUUUGA